AUGGCUACUGAGAACUCCUCCUUUGUGACAGAGUUUAUCCUGGCGGGCUUAACGAACUAUCCAGCACUCCAGAUGCCCCUCUUCUUCCUGUUUCUUGGUUUCUAUGUGAUCACUGUGGUGGGGAACCUGGGCUUGAUUACUCUGAUUGGGUUGAAUUCCCACCUUCAUAUUCCCAUGUACUUUUUCCUCUUUAACUUGUCCUUCAUAGAUUUUAGUUACUCCACUACCAUCACCCCCAAAAUGCUGAUGAGUUUUCUCUCAAAGAAGAACAUCAUCUCCUAUGUAGGGUGUAUGACUCAAUUCUUUUUCUUUUGUUUCUUUGUCUUUUCUGAAUUCUUCAUCCUGUCAGCGAUGGCAUAUGACCGCUAUGCCACCAUCUGUAAACCACUGAUGUACACAGUCACCAUGUCCCCCCAGGUCUGUUUAUUCCUUUUGUUAGGUGUCUAUGGGAUGGGGUUUUUUGGAGCCAUGAUCCAUAUGGUAAAUACUGUAUUUCUGAUCUUUUGUGCCAACAAUCUUGUCAAUCACUAUAUGUGUGAUAUCCUUCCCCUACUUGAGCUCUCUUGCAACAGCUCUUACAUAAAUUUACUAGUGGUCUUUAUUGUUGUUGCUAUUGGCAUUGGUGUGCCCAAUGUCACCAUUUUUAUUUCUUAUGGUUUCAUUCUUUUCAGCAUUCUCCAGAUUAACUCCACAAAGGGCAGGUCCAAAGCUUUCAGUACCUGUAACUCCCACAUAAUUGCAGUUUCCCUUUUCUUUGGGUCUGGAGUUUUCAUGUACCUCAAACCACCUUCUAUUUUACCCCUUGACCAAGGGAAAUUUUCUUCCUUAAUCUAUACUGUCGUUGUACCCAUGCUCAAUCCAUUAAUCUAUAGCCUGAGGAAUAAGGAUGUCAAGUUUGCCCUGAAGAAAACCUUGGGCAGAAUAACUUUCUCUUGGAAAAAUAGUUGCAAUUGA